AUGCAGCAGCUCAGCAACGCCAGCUCAGCUUACACCGACUAUGUCCCGGAGUUUCUCAUCAACGGCGGACAAUCCGAAGACUGCCUUUAUAUCAACAUAUACGCCCCGCUAAACCCGAUAGCCGAAAGGCUCCCGGUAUUUAUCUACAUUCCAGGUGGUGGCUUCACCGGUGGAGGGGCCGACUCGCUGUACAAGAUCCCAGAUCAAUGGAUCCAGAAAACCCAAGGCCAUAUCUUUGUCAUCAUGAACUAUCGCGUCAACAUUUUCGGCUUUCCGAACGCAAAAUCUGCUCCUCAGAAUGCUGGACUCCUUGACCAAAGACUCGUCGUCGAGUGGGCAAGGGAUAACAUCGCCGCUUUUGGCGGCGACCCAGACAAGAUUACUCUGUGGGGCCAGUCAGCCGGCGGCAUGUCAGUAGGCAUGUAUGGAUAUGCCUGGUUCGAAGACCCCAUUGUCUCGGGAUUGAUUGCAGACUCCGGCGCCGCGUCAACUUUGACUGUUAGCGAUCCUGAGCACACGACCUUCACGAAAUUUGCUGGAUCUUUCGGAUGCUCGAACUUGACCGCAGACAUGGAGCUUCAAUGCAUGCAGAAUCUCGACGCGAAAGUGAUCCAGGACACCCUCAGCUUUAGUGGCACAGGUCUAGGGUUUCGUCCAGUGAUUGAUAACAUGACAGCCUUUGCCAACUCAUCACAGCGCCUCUUCGAAGGAAGGUUCGCAGACGUGCCAUACAUGACCGGAUCGAACGCCAACGAAGGGGCGUCCCUGGGAUCGUACGACCCUAACGGCAUGCUCCCGGGCCAGUAUGAGAAUGGCCUGAAGUCUAUCAACUGUCCAGUAUCCCAAGAAGUCGCGUAUGGCUCUCCAUAG